AUGACCCCAGACGCGGGUCCUUCAGACCCCAAGGGAAAACAAAAAGCAUUGGCCGAGGAGCCAUUCGAAGAAGAACCCAACAUCGACGAAGAAGUCGCAUCCGAAGUGGCGGACAACGACGAUGAAGACAAUUGCCCAAAGUCUGGUCGAGGACGACCUCGCAAGGCAAUCCUCAAGGACGCCGCGAAACGUCUCAAAAAGUUGUGA